AUGCAAUUCACAACCGCCAGCGCUGGCAUCUUUUUUUUGCUGGUUGUGUGUUUCUUGAUGACACUCUCCACAGCUCAGGGAUUUACCUUGAGCGCUCCCGGAAAUAAUUUCAAAAUUCAAUCUGAAAGUCAACCACAACAAUCUCAAGAACAACAACAACAACAACCUCAAACUCAUGUGAUCAAUUUACAAAUUCCAGUACCAACAACAAGUGCUCCCAACACUCAACAACAAGCAACUUCGGAUUCGUCUGCUGCUGCCUCUUCGACAACGUCAGAUGCCACUUCCCAAAAUGGUCAAUAUCAAGUCAUUACCGUUCCUUCGAAACCAAUCACGAUUAAAAUUCCACCAUUCCAAAUUCCAGGAACGAACACAUGUCGACCAAAGCCAAAACCAUCAAAGAAAUCUCAGACCAUUGUCGUUGAACUUCAUCAUAAAAAACGUCAACCAAAACCCAAGAAAGUUGUUCUCGUGAUGGAAAAGCAGAAAAAGUGUAAAAAACCAAAGAAGAAAUUGGUGAUUGAAAUUCAAAAGAAACCAAGAAGGCAUACGUUGAAAUGCUCAAGAAGUGAAACGAGAUCCUUGAUGCGCAAAUUGAGAGCCAUCUUUUCUGCUCGAAAAUGUCAUGGUCGGAGAUUUCGCGCCACAAGACAUCUCCGCUCGUUGCAUUUGAGAAGAUUGUGGGAUUUAUUGAGAAGAAGAAGACCUCUCAGAUGUAGAAAUCGUGCAAGACCAAGAUUGGGACGGUCCGGAAAGAGAUUAUUGAAAUGUCUUUUCAAGAGAGAGAGUCGAAUGUGUUUAAAGAUUAAAAUUUCACCAAAAUGUAAAAAACCAAAGAAGAAGAAGGUGGUGGUUCCAAGACCAAAGAAGAUUAUUAUUACGAUUAACAAGACCAAGAAGAUUGUUCCAAAGAAGAAGAAGAAACUCUCUGAAACAACCAUCAAAAAGUUGAAAUUGCUUGCUGAUUGUAACUCCAAGAUUGUUCAAUCUGAGAAAGUUAGCAGCUCCAAGAAGAAGAAGAAGAUUGUCAUUACCAUCAAGAAGAAGAAGGGAUCUCCAAAGAAGAAGAUUUUCAUUACCAUCAAAAAGAACAAGCAAGAACAAGAUCAAAAGAUUGAAGUAGAACCAAAGAAGAAACCUGUCAAGAAGCAAGAACAAGCUCCAAAGAAGAAACCUGUCAAGAAGACUCCAAAGAAACAAUUACCAAAGGAGCCAGCUACUAUUGAUGAAAUUUUCCAAUAA